UCAACGUGUGGUAAAUUUGUGAGCGCGCGAAGUAAAAAUAAAUUAUGAAAUAGAACGCAAAUGAUCGAAAUCCCAUAGCGAAAAGUGCACAGUGCACUAUCUUCAUUAGUCAUAGCGUUCGCCGGGCACGUCGAUUUGCCGUGCGUCGUGAAAGUGCAUCCGGAAUGAGCGUGUACCACGAUGAGAUCGAAAUCGAAGAUUUCGAAUACGACGAGGAAGAGGAAAUGUAUUACUAUCCGUGCCCGUGCGGAGAUCGGUUCCAGGUUAGCCGCGAAGAGCUAAUGGCCGGCGAAGAAGUUGCCACCUGCCCCAGUUGUUCCCUGGUAGUGAAGGUGAUUUACGACCCGGAAGCUUUCGCCGCCGAACAGGACGAAGCCGAAACGAACAAGACCAGUGGAACGUCCGGCGAACAGUUGGAGAAAAACUGAGGCACACAACGCAACGCAGCGGGUUUUGUUUUGUAAAUUUUGAACCCUUUGCGACGUCCGGACAUGGGUCGUAACAAUCCUCUAAGUACUAGC